GUCUGUUUCUGCGAUGAAUGAUUGACAUGCUUAUUUUGCACAACAAAAGGAAGAAGCAGCAUCCACGGCCGAGUAGCAUCUUCCCAGCAGACAUGACAAGAUGGCGGCUCUUCGAGCCCUCCUGUUGCUGACCUAUGCUGUCCUCUGGACCAAGGGAGCUGCAUCCUUGCAAUGUUAUACCUGCAAUGACUCGAAAUAUGCUGGCUGCCCAGAUAUUGAAAACUGUUCUGAAACUGACCACUUCUGCAUGAGAUACACAAUCCAAGCGUUGCUGUGCUACUCAUGCCAGGAACCCACAACCGCCGAGCAAUGCCUGGCCGUGGCCAACUGCAGCGAGACCGACACCAUGUGCAAGACGACCAUGUACUCCCGCGAAGAAGUGUACCCGUUCGUGGGGGACUCUACCGUCACACGCUCCUGCUCCUCGAAGUGCAUCCCGUCUGACGUGGACGGAAUCGGCACGACUCGCCCGGUCACCUGCUGCAACACGGAUCUUUGCAACCACGACGCUGCGUCCAGUGUGCGGGUCAGCCAUGCCGCCCUGGGGGCCGCGGCAGCCUCCUUCCUCCUCCUCCUCCGGCCUGGACCGUGAUGCACAAGGCCGAGGCUGCAGCAUCCCUUU